AUGUUGUUACUACAGAAAGGAGACAACCUACAGGAACUUUGUAAUCAGGUGAAUCCUGUGACUUCGGGACAAAGAAAAACACUCUCGGUUUUUGAUGUGCCGCAAGUUGGAUGCUUCUGGCAGCGGUACAAAUCUAGCACCACCCAGGGAGAGAGUGUGUUUGCUUCUUCGCUCACUUCUGGUGGGGUAGAGGAAUGCUGGACGUUGAGAGACAACAAGAAAGGCUGCCCAGAGCAUCGCCACGCUGUUCCCCAGUCCCACGCUUGGGCCUCCUCCUUUUGGAACACACAGAUGUCCGAAACUGAGCUGGAAAAGAUAAAAGUAAAAACAGCAGAGCGUUUUGAAAAUGAUAAAAAUAACAUUUCUUGGUUGAAGGAAGUCUGUGUAUGUGUUUUCUUUUUUCAUCUAGAUACGCAACUCACAAAUGAAAAGCAUGCAGACGAGAAACCCAUUAAUGCUAUUGUUAUAAAUUCAGUAUCCGAAUUCAAUAUCACAGAUGGACCAGCCAAAGAAACCCCCAGUGAGAAAAAACUGUCAGAAUCCAGCACAUCACUGUCCUCCCUUGAAGAAUGCCAAACGAAAUUUUCCUACCUCCAAACAGAUACUUCAGUUCAUCAGAGAGACACUGAUGAGGAGUGUGCCUCCCUUAUCCUCACCUGUCUGUUUUGCCAGUUUUGGGACUGUCUCCUGAUGCUCCCCGAUAUGUGCGAAACGGUGUGUACCAAUCUGUGCUGCCCCUCUCACAGGUAUCACCACACCUCGGAUGAAAGCCACGCUCGGAACGAUUGUAACUGUAACUGUGACGUGGACUGCAGCCUUUUUGAACCUUGCUACGAGACCAGCGAGUGUCUGGAGUUGGCCAUGGAGAUUUCAGAAAUCUGUUACCGCUAG